AUGGCAGCUGCCAAAGAGUUCAAGGUGGUUCUUGCCGGCCAGUUCGGUUCGGGCAAGACCACGUUUGCCACGCGCAUCAAGUCGGCCAAGUCGGAUAAGAAGGAGAUCAAGGCUCUCAAGACCACCCAGUAUCCCGUGACGCUCCAGACCUCGGCGGGCCAGGUGACGCUCAAUCUGUUCGACACCAACCUGCACGCCAAGGGCGGUCUGCCCGACGACGGCUUCUUCCGCACCGCCGACGCCUCGAUCGUUUUCUUUGACCUCACCAACGAGGGCAGCUACACCGCCAUGGAGGACUGGUACGACGCCGUCAUCAAGGCCAACGGCCGCAAGGGCAGCGAGCCUCUCCCCGUCGUCGUCGUCGGCACCAAGGCGGACGACAUCAAGGGCCGAGACAUCAAGCCCGCGGCCAUCGAGUUCCCCCGCAAGAAGGAGCACACCUAUCGCGAGAUUUCUGCUCAGGCCAACUACGGCGUCAAGGAGCUGCUUCUCGACGUUUGCAAGGCGCUGCUGGGCGACUCUGUCCAGCUCACCGCCGAGGUCGAGAUGGAGAAGCCCAGCAUCAGCAAGAUCGACGAGGAGCAGCUCGAGAAGCUCUUCGCCGAGUACGAGAAGGCUGCUUCGGCCUGA